ACCCGUAUAAAAAUAUGACUCCAGAUUCAAAGAUGGUGGUAUCCACGACAGUCGAGAAGCAGCGACCAACAGUAGUAUUAGCGUGUUCGGUGCCGCAAUCACAUAAUAUACGGGCUUGCAAGUUCCGCGACCCGUUGGGGAAUGUGCUCAUUGCCGUUCAAGGAGUGGGAGAAGAUCGGUACGUCACCGGCUGGUCCUCCACCAGCUAUCAGUCCAACGCGAACUCGCACGUGUGCACUCUCCGCAUCACGAGCCCUGUGGUGAGUGACCUCGGUUUGUGGCGUUGCAGCGUUGAAACUGACGUCGGCACACACUACGGAUUCUUGCCUGUCAUCUGCCCUUGGAUGAUGCAGGAUCCUCAAGUUCAAACCAAGGUUGUUACGGAACCAGUACUAAAAGCCCAAAGAUAUAACAUAUUCACAAUAGAAGGAGCAGUGACGAUGACUUGCAUUAUUCCUGCCCCUAUCUCGUACUGCUACUUCAGAGCACGCAAUGGCACCACGUUCAGUGUAGACCCUGAUACGUCCUCUACCCAUCUGGAAUACGUUGGAAGUGGAUUCGACGCAGGCGAGUGUGGAGUCAGGUUCAAGAACCUGGUGGCCGGAGACAGCGGCCAGUGGAGCUGUCACGUGGGACUCGCCAACCAAAUGGUGGAACAGAGAGCGCGAUUCCAAGUCACCAUCGAAGAGCCUAUAGUGGUGCGGCACUUCUGGCAUGGACAACACGGACUCGUGGUGGAAGCCAGGGUCCAUUCUCAGAGGGCCUUACGCUACUGCAGAUUUGUCCGUAUCGACGGCCUAGGUAAGAUCUUUUUAAAACCUAAUAUCAGCUCCUCAAGUUGUACCUCUUUUCGGGAAUCUCGGAUAUCAAAUAAAGGUCGGUCGGUUCGGUUCGGUUCG